AUGCUAUUCUCAAGUGAGAUUUCGAAAAAUCUAUCGGAGGAGAAGCGUGAUCUACUAAAUCGUCUUCUGGAGUUAUGCAAUAAUCCGGAUAAAGCAUGGAUCACACCAGAUUUCAAAAAAUUGGCACACAAUAGUCAAUAUAAAUUUUUGGCAAAAAUUAGAAGCAUCAUUGAAUCGAUAGUUUCUUUUUUAGCUCCGAAUAAUGCUGAAGAAGUUUUGGAUUCGCUAUGCAGUGGAAAUGAAAGUGAAAAUCCAGUAGUGUUGGAUGGAAAGUUUUUGUCCGUAAUGAAAGGAGUAACACAAGCGUAUCAAAAUGCUGACGACUGGCCUACGAGGCGUGCGGUGCUGAGCAUUGUUGCACCGAAAAUAGGAUAUAAACUCAUUCAAUCAUUUCUACCUGAUCUAACUAUGUAUCGGUUUAGUUCAGCACGUUUGCAUGCUGCUGUACAUAGAACUGGUACGAUAGUACAACCACCUCCGCGACUGGUUAAUCGAUUUGAUGAUGCUCAGGUGGAGCACUUUGUAGAUUUCCUCACAUCAGAUCAUGUUUCUACUGAUUUGCCAUUUGGAGAGAAAUGUAUGAAGUUAACCGAUGGAACGGAACUAUUCGUACCAGAUACAAUACGCAAUAUCAUUCCUACACGCAUCAUCGAACAGUAUUAUGGAUAUUGUAAUGAAGUAAAUCCUGGAUUUCCUCCUUUGGGUAUGUCAAGUCUGUAUAAAAUAAUCGAUGUGUGUAAAGCGUCAACGAGAAAGUCGUUGCAAGGUAUUGACUAUUACGCAGCUGAUGCCGGCGAAGCUUUUGACAGUUUACAGAAAAUGAUCGAAAAUUUGAACCUCCUAUCUGCCGAAGCUCAAAGAUUGAUCGAUAAUCUACGGCAAGGACGUCAAUAUUUGAAAAGUGAUUUCAAGCUACAUGUUUCUGAGUCGAGUGAUAUAGCAGAUCACUGUAUUUGUCAUGCUCUAUCCGAUCCAUCCGACAAGGCAUUUCGUUCUAAGUGCAAUCAUGAUCACAGUAAUACAUGCAAAGAUUGUCUUCUUUUAGCGAAUACAUUUAUAGAGAUAGAAGCAUUGCUAGUAGAAAAAGUGACUGAUGAAGAUGAGGCCAAACGUGCCGUUGCUAAAUUAAAGCUAUUGAAAGAACCAGUUGAUGCUUAUAAGUCUCAUCAAAUGCGUACGGUAAAUCAAGAUCGAGCUAGAGAAGAAGUUUUGGCACAACUGCCGAAGGAUAGUUUUUAUUAUUAUAUGGAUUGGGCAAUGAAGUUUUUGCCGGCAAAGUAUCGGGAAGCACAAUCUGAUUUCUUCGGUAAACGAGGUCUGAGUUGGCACGUCAGCGUGGUAAUGAUGAAUGAUAGCACAUACGAUCCUUCAGUGCCAGGUUCGAAUAAGUUUUUAUAUAAAAUCUUUGUACAUUCAUUCGACAACUGUACACAAGAUUCUACGGCAGUCACGGCAAUCAUGACAGAUGUUUUGCAACGUAUGAAAGAGAAAGAUCCCUCAUUGAAAACAUGCUAUAUUCGAAGUGAUAAUGCCGGAUGUUACAAAGCGGCUGAAACUGUUCUAGCAGUGCCGAAAGUAUUCGAACUGACAGAAAUUCAAGUACGAAGAAUUGAUUUUUCAGAAGCUCAAUCAGGCAAGGGUCCAUGUGAUCGAUAUGCUGCCGUAAUAAAGGCUAAUGUGCGUCGAUAUUUAAAUGAGAAAAAUUCAGUGACAACUGCUAAACAAUUUGUAGAAGCAGCCAAUUCACAUCAUGGAGUGAGUGGAGUUGAAAUCUUUGAAUCACGACUAAAGCUCAAUGCGAAUAAACAAAAAGCACGAUUGCCGAAAAUUCAUUCGUUGAAUAAUUUCGAAUUUGAACGUGAGGGAGUGAGAGUUCAUCGGGCAUAUAAGGUAGGCGAAGGAAACUUCUACUCAUGGAAACAGCUUGAUCCGUUGAAGGUUUUGAGCGAAGUGCUGUGCGAAGAUAUUACCUUUUCAGAGAAAUCGUCGGAAUAUCAUUCAAUCAAGAAAAAAUCACAUCAAGAAUCGGACGAUUUGUCUUCAUUACCAUCGACUUCAGCAACAGCUAUUCCAAAAGCCGGUGUUUCCGAUGCAAUUUUCGAAUGUACCGAACCCGGUUGUGUUGACAAAUUUGUCAAAUACGGCAAUUUGGUUCGACACGUUUGCAAUGGUACACAUACUAUUCUGCCUGAACAACAUUGUCUAUCAGAUACCGCUGCAAUUAUGUAUAAAACUAGAUCGGAACAAAUUGAGAAUCGGCAGAUUUGCUCACUACUGCUAGAGAAAUCGCGUACGAGAGAAAUUUUUGAAACAAAGAAAAUUGCAGCAUUACCGGAAGGCUGGGCUCUUCCAGUUCCACGUAAAAAUGUUCGUUUUACGGAACAACAAGUUGUAUAUUUGACAGAACGUUUCGAAGAAGGACUGAAAAAAGAUAAUCAAGUCCGUUGGAAACCAGAAGCAGUAGCCGAACAUAUGCGAGAACUGAAAAUAAAUGGAAAAUUUCAUUUUUCGACGGAGGAAUUUCUGAAACCGAGUCAGAUUCGAUCAUUCUUUUCUAGACUCAGUUCAAAAAGAAAGAAUCUGCCGGUAGUCGAUGAAGAAGAUGAGCAAGAAUGUUACAAAGAACAGAGACAAGCCGAGUCAGAAGAACUGAUAAGUCGUGUAAAAAACGUUUUGGUACGUGAACAGGAGACGCCGAUGGACUCUCCCAGAAGUUUGAAAAGAGAAGCUUCGACGUCGAAUCCUCAGCUCAAUACAUCGAAACGAUUUUCGCUACGCAGUAGCAAAAAAUAA